CAGUCAUUCAAUCGAGCUACAUAGUCUCGUGCUUGCGUUAAUUGCCUAUCUCAAUAUUGGUUUAAGUAAACGUACGAUUGUUAGGAAGAGCCUAAUCUAUCGCAAAGUAAUAUUUCGAGGUUAGACUGUGUAUGUCGCAUCAGUUGUAACGUUUUCAUCGAGUUCUCGUUCUUAAAAUUCAGCUAUGAUUAAAACUAUACCCAGUUUCGUUAAAAAUAUAACAAUCGAACCCGCGUUCUUCCUAUACACUGCUGUCUUUCUCAUCGCUGGAUUAACAGGUACAAAUUUAAUUAUUCAGAAAAAAUGUCGAAUCAAUAUCACAUCGGAGCCGGACCUAAGUACACCUUGUGAUGAAGAAAAAGAAGGAAUAGUAUUCGCCUCUGAAAUGGUCACAUAUUUAAAUUUCGCUAUGAUGUUUUUAUGCACUGUGUAUGGAGCUAUAGCGAUGUGCUGGAGUGACGAGGCUGGUCGACGUCGAAGACCUGUAAUUUUCUUGCCCAUAAUUGGACUAAUUCUGCAAUCAGUUGUGGCUGCUUUCAUUCGUAUUUCUGGACAUGGGAUCCCUUCUAUAAUGUAUUGUGCAAUGUAAUAUGCGAAGUAAUAACUGGCGGAAUACCAAUGAUAACGUCUGCGUGUCAAGCCUACGUAUGUGAUGCAUCAGAAGUGAAAAGUCGUACGAUGAGGUUAGGGUUUUUUCAAGCAGCUAGAACGCUAGGAGAUCUUGUGGGAUUUGGAAGUGCCGGAUUCAUACUUCGGAGAUUCGGAUUUUUCUACACGUAUCUCAUAUGCGUUGUGUUAUCUGUGGUUACGUUGAUAUUAGCUUGGGCUUUUGUCAAAGAUACAUCGGUGCCAGUUGAAAAGAAACCUCAUUUUUGGCAACGUUUCAAUGUCAUGCACAUUUGCACUAGUUUUAAUGUGAUUUUCAAAAAAAGCCUCGGAAGUAAAAGGUAUAUCGCGGCUAUUUUGCUGAUUAUUUACACUAUGGUGUUCUUCUGUACGCAGGGAGAAAAUUCAGUCCAGUAUUUAUUUCUACGGUACAAAUUUCAUUGGGAUGAACGUGAUUACAGUGCGUACGUAAUUUAUAGGUAUAUCGGAGUGAUUCUAGGCAGUGUAUUCUGCUCAGUUGUGCUGAGUAAACUGCUAAAACUGCACGAUGGAAUGAUCGGUACGAUGGCUGCAUUCUGGGAUACUAUAGCAGCCUUUGGGUACUUAUUUGCAAGCCAAAAUUGGCAUCUUUAUGUUGUUCCUUUGUUUGAUGUAUUUCAUGGCACUGUUUUGUCUGUGAGUCUUUCAUUUUUCAGCAAAUAUUACGCACCAGAUGAAUUUGGUCGUUUAACCUGUGUCCUUGCAGUAUUAGGAUUGGUGAUUCCAGCUUGUUAUCCUGCCUAUAGUACAAUAUUUCGAAAAACUAUGGAUUUUUUCCCUUCAGCGUACUUCACGUUGAGUAUAGCAGUAAAUGUCAUCGUAAUUGUCUUAUACAUCUUAGCGUAUUUUUUGAGCGUGAAAUUGAAUCAACAAGAAUCACCGCGGAAUGAAGAACGGGCAUCAUGAUGAAUAUGAUUAUUAAACAGACUUUACGCUUAGAUCACCUACCCACAUAUUUCAAAAUGAAAAUAAUUGGAGUAGUUACAUUGGUACAUUUUAAAUUUAAAUUUGUCAAUAAAAAAUUUGGAUGCACAG